UUUGAAAAGAAUUUUGUAGUGACUUUUAUUAAUUUCAUUAACAGACAUGGCAACUUUUUUUGGUGAAGUAGUAUUUCCAGUUUCACGAGCAUUUUGGGAUGAAGAAGAUGAAAAUAAAACUAUUGAUUAUUCAGUUAAUCAAUUCAAAUUAUCUAUUCAAUGGUUAAAAGAAAAACCACUUGCAAUUGAUACUUUAAUUAUAGUUGAAGGCGAAAUGCUAAUUGAUUUUUCAAGAGAAUGUUUGUGUCCAAAUUCUAAAGAAAUAUGUUUCGUGGAAGAUGAAAAGCAAAAGAAAAUAUAUACAAUUUAUGAAGUCAGUGAUAAAGUUUAUUUAGGUAUUGUGUCUUCUCAUUUUGAUGUAAAAUUAUCAGGAAAACUUGUGGAAAAAUUGAGUGACAUUAUAUUAAGUGCAAAAAGUACAAUUUGUAUAACAUGUCGUCAUAUAUCACAAUUUAAAAAUAAAAAUGCACCAACAGUACCAUCUUUCUUGAGGAUGUUAACUACAGAGAAUGGAAAAAAUAUUUGCAAAUUGAAAGAAACAUUUCUAGAGCAACCAAAUAUUAUAUAUGGAGUGGCAGCAGGAGUAUUGUCAUAUGCUCAAAUUAUGGAACUACCUUCAGUUUUAUAUAUUUUAUAUACAGAUAGUUUUGUAUUGGAUUCAUUAUCUGCAGAACCACUUUUAAAAUUAUUUUCAGCAAUGAAUUGUACAUUACAUGAUGUUACAUUUUCUGGAAAAGAUUUUUUCAAUAAAGGCAAUCUUUAUAUGUAAAA